AUGAAGCUAACUCCCGAGCUCCUUGCCCAGGCAUCGUCGGCUCUGAAUCCCUGCAAGGAACGUCAGCUCGACCUACGUGGAUAUAAAAUUCCAGCCAUUGAAAAUCUGGGUAUAACGCGGGACCAGCACGAUGCUAUCGACAUGACAGACAACUCCGUCGUCACUCUGGGCAACUUUCCUCUGCUCAAGCGCCUGCACACACUCCUUAUGUCCAACAACAGAGUGGCCGCCAUUUCGCCCUCUAUCCACUUAUCUAUUCCUCAUUUGACGACCCUCGUACUCACAAACAACAACAUUGCCGAACUGGGUGACCUUGAGCCGCUCAAGGAACUAAAAAACCUCAAAUAUCUCUCCCUGCUCGGUAACCCCGUGCGAGAAAAAAAAUGGUAUCGCGAAUGGCUUGCCUGGAGAAUACCUGGGCUAAGAGUUUUGGAUUUUCAGAGAAUUCGAGACAAGGAGCGAAAAGCUGGCAAGUCUUUGUUCGUGACAGCAGAAAAUUUGCCUACAGCACUUGCGACCACCAUCUCGACGACGGUUUCGAACACGCAGGCUACCAAAGCUGCGUUGAUGAUGGACGAGCCCCGCCAGGCUGCACCAACAAUUAAGGCUGGACGACUCAUGUCCAAGGAGGAUGCGGAGAAGGUCAAGGCCGCCAUUGCAAAAGCUUCAAGCAUAGAUGAGAUUCGGAAGCUGGAGAGGAGUCUUAGGGAGGGAUACAUGCCAGAGAUAGAGUCUGUAGGUGCAUAA